GGGAGGGGGAGAGGAAAAGCCACUAUUUAUUCCUGAAAAGAAAGGAGCUGGGAAAAUAAAAAAGCUACUGGACAGCUAGAUAUACGUAUUUUAAAGAGGAGGAUGCUUUGGAAGACUUUGGUGCUGCUGCUGUUCUAUUACAGUGCUCAUGCCACUGUGACCUACAGAUGGAGCAGAGCUAUGCUUUUCCCAGCUGCUCAGCGAUUCAAGAGGUCCUCAGCUGCCUUCCUCAACCCAGUGUUACAAAACUCACUGGAAGAUGUGGUCCUGCUUUAUGAGUUUCUUUUAGCUGAGCUUGACAUUGACAAAGGUCAGAGGAUCUCCAUCAAAGAUGAGGAGCUGGCUUCCCUGAGGAAGGCUGCUGAGUUCGACACCAUCUGCAACGAGAUUAUCCCCAAGAGCAUCACAGAGAUCCGCAGACUGAGCAGCAGGCUAUCUUCCUACUCGAGGGUCCUCAAGAAAGAAGACUUUGAAAGGACAGUGCUGACCAUGGUAUACACAGCCUACAGAGCUGCUCAGUCCCAAGGCCACCAGAAAGAUAUUUGGGCUGAAUCCUUUGUCAAUCUCUACAAAGCCCUGAAGAAUGACUUGAUGCUCCCAUACAACAAACAGCCCUCAUAGUGGGAGAGAAGCAGCAGCUCAGCCACCUGCUCUGGUUGGUGAAGGACACGAUGUAGCAUGCCCACCGCAUUAUUCUGUAAAGAGUUUUAUAGCCCGCUUCAUGAAAGAUUGUUAGUUUUCUGGCUCCCUCUUGUGGAAUCUGCUUUCUAGCUCCAUGCCAAGUGGUGAAAAAUGCCUUCAGUCCUGAGAUUUCAAUUUGUGUGCUGGCUUGGAGGCUUGUUCUGUUACAGGAAAAGAAGGGAGUUUGGUCUACCCAGGCAGAUCCUUGUUUCAGGCAAACCCUUGAUUCAUCCUUUGGGUUUCCUAUAAGCAAUUCAUAAAUAUACUGUGCUUAUGCUCACAUGCUGAUGUGUAAGUGCUGGAGAGUGCUGCAUUCCUAGCUGGGGGAAACAAGUUUGUGUUUUGGCUGGCCAGUAAGAGAAUAUUGCACAGAGAUGAAGGCCCAGUGUAAAAGGAAGAGGUUUCAUAACUGUCAGCCUUCAGAAACAAUGCCACAUAUUAUUAAUUCCAAAUGUUCCCAUAAAUAAGCACUCUCUGAUUCACUUCAUUUGAGCCAGUGUUUAAUUGCAAUAACAUUUGCAGAAGACAAAGGACAUUGUGAAGGCCAUCAGCAAACAAUGUCUGGGAACGUAUUCCCCGCUUUCUGGAGCUGUCCUCCUAAACAGUCUGCAAUGAUUCUUUCCUUAUUUGUACAUGACUUGCUUCUGCUGCUUGUUUUUUUGAAAGGAACAUGUAUUUUUCCUCAGUGGAAUCCAAGGCAAAACAAAGGCCCUAUUUAAUUUAAUACUGACACAUUUUUCCUGGCUCUAUCACUUGAACAUAGAUCAUCUAAACCCAUGCUUCAGAAUCCUGGUGAGGCAAGGGAGGAAGGUGCAUUAAAACAUACUUGGUGCUGAAUUCAGCACUGUGGCUCUUUUUUAAACACAAAUUGUAUAUUCAUUUGAGUAUAUAUAUAUGUGUGUGUGUGUGUGUGUGUGCGCGUGUGCGCCUGUGUGUGUGUCUAUUCGUGCAUAUGUGGGCACAUAAGUGCUGAGUACAUAGAAGAAUCCCAAAUUGUUCAUUCAGUGAACAAUUGCAUCUGAUUGCUUAGCAGAAAAGGCUAUUUACCAAUUCAGUGGUGCGAAUUAUUAAUUUGGGAGCAGCAAAGAAAAAACUGUAGAAAUACUGCAACCAAUUAUAAUAAACUCAAAAAAAAUUCAUGAACAGAAUAUAGACAGAAAAUGGAGAUCUAUUUUGUCAGAAGGAUGACUAGUUAUCAAAAAUCUAAAUCAAACCCUCUAAUGUUUGUACACAGGAGAUACAAACUCUGAUUUUCUAUUGAUAUUAGAAGUGCUUCUACUUCCAGACCAUGGGAAAGUGGCUGAACAUUUAUUUCAUCCUUUCAUAUCAUCAUUCUCUAUUUUUCUAUUGGAUAAUCUAUUAAGGAUGCAGGCCCAAAUCACAAAUCCCCAAGACUAACACAGACCUAAGGAUUCCAGUCCAAGUUCUGAAUCAUGUUUAACUGCUUUUGCAUCACUUGAGCAAAAGAAAUUCUUUUGUGUCCCUUAUCGGGGUACUGCAAGGACUGAAGCUGAAAAAAUCCACCCAGAAGCACAGCAAAGAGCACAGUGCAAGCAGUCAGAGCACACUAGGUUUGGCAAACACCUGUGGGAAUGUGGAAGCACAACAGCCUUAGGGGCAGUCUGGCCAUGGCAUUAGGAGCUGGACAAAGGGCUUAGAAAAGACAAAGUCUAUGUUGUUUCCCUUAGGAGUUUCUGGAUUUGUGUGUAUGAGUGUGCACAUUGAUUUAGACACACAUAUGUGUAGGCACACUUUUAUACCUGAAGACUUUUGUUGUCCAUCUUUGAAGCCUGUCUGGCAGAUGGCAAAGGAAACGCACGCACAAAGCUGUGGGCCACAAAUAUCUCUAUCUCCUCUGCUUGCACAUACAGAGUUUAGCAGCCCAAAAGCGGCCCUGCACUCCUGCCCACAUGCCCUUUGAGCCCUCAGCUUUAAUACUGAUGAUCUGCUUGUGAUUUCUUCCCCCACUGUGCUUUAUAAACACAUGAAGGGGAUAUGCCACAGAGUGCAAUACUGCAUUUCCAGCUCUGCUUCUUGGCUCUCUGAAACACCACUUGCUGGAAGAGCCUGAAACCAGGGAAAUUCAUAAAUGCCUCACACCAGCUACUCCAAGUCUGCAAAAAUAGCAAGAAGGAGAACUACAGCAAAUAUUUAUUGCUAGCAGUCACCAAUCAGAAAUAUACCUCCCAGCAGUGCUCCUCACCCCACAACAGAACUGCCUGGCAGAGUUUACUCAUCAUAAAAUAUCCCAUAAGAAGAAUUGCAGAUAAUUUUUAUUUAUCUUACAAUUCCCUAUGGCAUACAUACCUUACUACACUUACAAAUUGGUAACUGAAGCAUUUAUCUCCUCAACAGAAAAUAAAAGUUUGAUGAGUUUGUUUCCCUCCUCCUUUUACUGUGUGUAAUGUAAGAAAAAUAUCUAUUCCUAGGGAAAGUUCUUGGACUGCCCAUGUUAAUUUAAC